UAUAUCAAUGGGUUUCACUGUAAAAUACUGAAAGUUCGUAGCUAUGAGCUCCUCCUGCGUGGCCUGCAGGACGCGUGGUUCCGGUAUGGUGGCUAUCUUUCAGCACCCAAACGGGCUGGACCAGAUGUUCUCUUCCGUAACCGGUAUUGAAGUUGAACAUGAGGAUUGCCUGUGCAUCCCAUGUUACGACGAUCUGAAGGCGGCCCAUCUGUUUAAGCAAAAAUGCAUCCAGAAUAACAUUCUUCGGGUGAGCCGUCCUGGAAGAUCAACCGCAGCUGAAGAGAAGCGCGCUUCUCCGGACAAGGACAGCACACCCAGUACCAACACGAAGAAUGAAACGGUGCCGAUUGCCGAGAUUUCUACAUCCUCCGUCGUCCGGGAAGCGGACAUUCUCGAAGAGCAUUUGUAUCUCUCUGAGGGAGAUGAGGAGGAAACUCAGGAUGAAGGUGGUAGGGUUGAGACGGAAGUGAUGAAGAUUUUUUUGGCAGAGGAAGUUCCAUCAAUUCAUCUUGAGAAUCCUGCAGCUUCUAAGUCCGAACAAGCACCUGUUCCAAGCAGUAGCGUCCAGCUGGGAAUAAAGAUCGUAGAGGCCGUCAAACUUGAGCCAAUUCGUUGCGACGAGUGUGGCAAAUCGUUCAGCAAAACUUCGCUGUUCCAAAAGCACGUCAAGUCGUGCCAUCAAGCCGAGUCGACUGACGAAGCAUCGGACCAACAGCAGCAGCAAGACGAACCGGAACACGGAUCGCUGGCCACCCUGCCGACGGUACACAAUCUGAUGUGCGAGUUUUGCUUCCAGGAGUUUCCGCAGCUGGCGGAAAAGUUCGAGCACGAAGCGGGCCACGUGAGCGAACAAAAGCCCUACAAGUGUCCGCAGUGUCGGAGCGCGUUCAAGGAUAAGGUUGGCCUGCGCAGUCACAUCCGGAUUCACUCGUCGGUGAAGCGGUUCAAGUGCCAGUUCUGCGAGAUGCGGUUUCAUCAGCGGGGAAAUUUGAAAGCUCACGAAAGGAUUCACGUCGGUGCCAAGCCGUAUCUUUGUCCCCAUUGCGGAAAAGGAUUUGCCGAAAAUGGGAAUCUCAAGAAUCACAUCCGCUUCCACACCGGAGAGAAACCGUAUUCCUGCUCCCAGUGCACAAAGCGCUUCCGGACGCAUUAUUCGCGAACGAUUCACAUGCGCUCGCACAGCAACGAUCGACCUUUUAAGUGCAGCCACGCAGGCUGCGACAAGAGCUUUUAUUCGUCGGGGAAACUGAUUGUCCACCGACGCGUUCACAGCGGAGAGAAACCGUACCACUGUGACACGUGUUCGGCAAAGUUUGCCGACAGCAGUGGCUUGAGGCGUCACUCGAAGACGCAUUAGGUGAUCUGAAACUGUAAGUGACUCGGUUAAUACAUUCCUUUGGCGAGAAAAACAUAAAACUAGGGAACGUUUCUUCAACAUGAGCAUCAUAAACGUGCAAAACCCAAACUCAGUGAGUGAAAAUCACGACAGAGAAGCGUUUAGGCGCAACUAGAACACACGUACAACAACUGUCCAAA